ACAUAAAACUGAGAUAACGCGUCUAUAUAAACAGGGUGUAUAGGGAAUAUUAUACACUGGGGAAUCUGCACCUUGCAGGACACGUGUGUUGAAAGAAUAAUAAAACUGUUAAAAAUAAGAACAAUGGCGACAAAAUUCAGCAGUGAUCCUACAUGGACCAAACCAAUGCCUGUCAAUGGGCAAGGGAUCUUCACCUUCAAUAUUACAAGGAGCAGUCCAUUCUUGAUCGUAGUGACCAAAGCGUCAUCAACUGACAGCAUCAGGCUCACCAUUGGUAGCAACUUCGCCGAGUUUGGGAUCACAGAAAACAAUGUUUACAGAAUACUUGAACGAACCGAGCAACCAGACAGCGGGUAUGACGCAGGAAGGAAGAUUUCCUAUUGGUUCAGUUACAACAGGGAUAGCCUAGUUUUGAAAUACGGCAAAGGCUACACAAUGGAGGAAACCACGUGCCUUCAGUACGACUUUCUUGCAGGAGCAACGCCUGUCGAGCAAGAAGAAAUCAGAAGUCGAUAUCAGGGUCUUUUCAAUGCGGAGGAUCAAGGCUUGGUGCGCCUGUACGAUUCCGUUACCUUGCAUUUGGUUGGCUGUUCAGUAUCUAUGUCCGCUGAUCUGAUAGACAUUGAGAAGAAGGUUGCCUUCCGAAAGAAUCCAUUCAUCUGCAAUCUAUCUCCUGUCGUCUUGGAUAGCGCUCAGGCGACCCUAUUCACACUGGAUAACAGCAGUUACACCCUGACAGGAAGUCUUCCCGCUGCAUGCAAAGAGCUGUACGACAACAUCCGUAACUGCGAGUUAAACUGGCCACCGGAAGUGGAUGAUGUACUUCUCUCUGACGCCAUCAGGUUCAGUAUCGAAACCGACGGCUGCCUCCUCAACAACAAGCUGAAGGAGAAAGCUGGGGAAUUCGGCCCAGGAAGUGGAGCAGAGGAGACUUACCUACGGGUGACACUAGGACAUAGUCUCGGAAAUUCUCCAGGAAUACCGUACGUCCUCGAGAUUUGGCCGUCAAAACACUACAGUCCAAUCCAUAACCAUGGGAACGCGAACGCUGUCAUCAAAGUCUUGUUUGGCCAAAUUAACAUUUCCAUUUACAAUAAGCAGACAACAGAGCAAGAUGCAACCCCUUUGAAAGUUUUUGAUGCCUUCAAAGGAAACGUUACCUGGAUCAGCAGGGAUUGGUUCCAAACACACAAGCUAUGGAACAAUACCGAAGACUUUUGCGCCACCAUCCAAUGUUACAAUUACGACGCGGGGGACACAACUCACUGGCCAUACUUCGACUACGUUGGCGAGAACAGCACCAUUGAAGAGUUUCUGCCGAACUCUGACUUCACUUUUAAAGAUAUGCGCCAAAAGGUACUUGAUGAAUAUCGGAACGCAUGUAGCCGGGUAAAUCCACCACAAUAGGGACAUCCGGUCAAUAUCAGACACAUUAUUUAAAAAGUGUCAGAAAUGUAGAAGAUUGUUGGAAACCACAAUGACACUACCCUGGCUUUGUUUUAUGACUUUUUAUGAAUGGUGGGUUUUCGAAAUGGAGUAUCAAACUUAGUCAUUCAUACGGUUUAUAUCUAAUAUGCAAUGUUAGCAGCUAGCACAUUAAUAUCAAAUAUAUCAUAAACAUUUUAACUACAUGUAUAUACACCUUGUAGUAUAUUUAGUGUACACCUUUCAAAAUAUAUCUGUCUACAAAUAUGUGUACUGGAUAUAAGUUGUUUAAUUUCUAUAACCAGAACAUUAUCAUGCUCAAAAGCCGACUGUGUGAUGUCACUCCAAAUAUUAGCUCUUGCUUCUCUUCAGAAGUGUAUUGUAUUUUGUAUAAUUAAAGUAACAGUUCCUUUCAUCGCAUUCCUUAAGGAAGCCUGUUGAUGUAAUAAUUAGGAAAAUGUCUUUAUUGUCUUUUUAACAUUACAAUAUCAGCAGAAUGGUUCACGGCGGAUGUGUUGUCCAAUAACCAUUCAUACAUGUUCUCACUUUAAAUGGCUCUCAUCCUUAAUCAGGGAGAAUUUUGUAGUUUGAGUAAUGUCCUGGCUAACAAUCAACGCGAUAUUUCCACAGAAGUACCAUAAUUUUAUUACCUAUAACCGAAAAUAUAAUGCCAGUCUUUGCUUGAUAUCAAUUUUUAAAUACAAAACAAAAUAUAAUCAGUCGU